AUGGAGAACGAAAUCGGAUUCUCGCGUGACGAGAUCGCGGACGGCUUCCUCGAUGUGCAGGAAAGGGGCGGGGGAGAGGUGGGCGCGGGGGAGGGGAGAUGUGGGGGCGUGGAGAGGGCUGGGAGAUUUCUGGGAGUGGGCUGGGAGAGGGGAGAGGGGGGAAACGGGGGGGAAGGGGGGGGGGGGGAGGCAUGGAGAACGAAAGCGGGUGCUUUUGCGACGAGAUUGCAGACGCAUUCCUGGGGAGAGGGGAGAAGAGGGGGCAGGGGGGUGGAGUGGGUGGGAAGGUGUGUGUGUGAGGGCCGUGUGCCAGCAGACCGCAUGGUGCUGCGCAAGCUGGUGUCGAAUCAUCCCCACCUCCCCUUCUCCACCCACACCCCCCCCUUCUUCUCCCCUCUUUCACCCCCACCAGAAGGCCGCACGGUGUCGUGCAAGCUGUCGCAGGACAUGCGCGAGUGGACCGUGGAUGGACCGGCGGGUGAGCCAUGGAACAAGGGGUGA